GUAACGGUGAGCAAAUAACGGUAUAAGGAUAGGUCAAACCGCUCGGUACUCUGUCUCUUCUCUCUAUCUCGCUCAUUCAGUCGCUCCUGUGCAUGCAACGGAGCUCGAAGAUUUGAGUAUUUGCCUACAUUAGCAGAAAACCUAGGUCUUAUAUUCGCCAUGGAUCCUCCCUCUAAAAGCUGGAGCAUCUUCAGCCGCACAGAAAUCACUCAACGAUACAAGAUCCUCGAACAAGUAGGUUCUGGCACUUACUCUGACGUUUACAAGGCUGUUCGCCUCUCCGACGGUCUCACCGUCGCCCUGAAAGAGGUCCACGAUUACCAGAGCGCUUUCAGAGAGAUCGAAGCCCUACAGAUCCUCCAAAGCUCUCCAAACAUCAUUGCUCUCCACGAGUACUUUUGGCGGGAAGACGAGGAUGCCGUUCUCGUACUCGAAUUUCUAACUACCGAUCUCGCAUCGGUGAUUAAGGAAGCUAAGAGGAAUUGGGACAACGGUAUCUCCGUCGGAGAGAUCAAGCGAUGGAUGAUUCAGAUAUUGCACGGCGUUGAUGCUUGUCACAGGAAUUCGAUCGUUCAUCGAGACCUCAAGCCCGCAAAUUUGUUGAUUUCUAGCGAUGGUGUUCUCAAAUUAGCGGAUUUUGGACAGGCAAGGAUACUUCUGGAACCUGGAUUUGUUGCAGAGGACACAAAUCUACAUGAGCAAAAUAUUUCAAAUCAGACAUGGACACCUCAACAACCUGAAACUAUUCCACAAACGGACAAUUCAUGCCUGGAAUAUUCCCAUAACCAAGUGCAAGCAACUGCGAGUAAAGAACAUUUGAGAGAACCAUAUGAUUUCACAGCUAAAGAUUUCAUGGAUGAAACUGAUAAAGAAACUAACUUUCCUGAUGGAGACACAUCUUGUCUUGCUACGUGCACAACAAGCGAUAUUGAUGAUGACCCUUUUAAGAGCUCUUAUUCUUACGAGUUAGAGGCUGGAGAAGACACAUCAGGUGCCCUAACAUCAUGUGUUGGAACUCGUUGGUUCAGGGCCCCUGAACUACUCUAUGGAUCCACAAAUUAUGGGCAAGAGAUUGAUCUAUGGUCAUUGGGAUGCAUAUUUGCAGAGCUUUUCAACUUGGAGCCUCUUUUCCCCGGAACUUCUGAUAUCGAUCAACUUAGCAGGAUCGUUUAUGUAUUGGGAAACUUGACUGAGGAAACCUGGCAGGGUUGUCAAAAACUUCCUGAUUAUGGUAAAAUAUCCUUCAGCAAUAUUAAGAACCCACUUGGUUUGGAAGCUUGCCUCCCAAACCGUUCCUCUGAUGAAAUCAGUAUUUUGAAAAGACUUAUUUGCUAUGACCCAUCAAGCAGAGCUACUGCAAUGGAGCUGCUCCAUGAAAAGUACUUCAAUGAAGAUCCUUUACCAGUACCUGUGACUGAGCUGAGAGUUCCUUCUACAAAGAGCGGACCAGAUGAAGCAUCUCCUGGCGGGUGGUGUGACUAUAAUGACAUAAAUUUAGACUCUGACUUUGAUGAAUUUGGCAAUAUGGACAUUUCAAGCACUGGUACUGGUUUCUCUAUUCGGUUCUCUUGAAUUUCAAGAAGGUACUACCACCAAGCACUAAAUUCAAUGUUCUCCAUCCUUCUAGUCAUCAUGGAAUAUUCUUAUACAUGUACUGAGGCAAUCAUCUAUACUUCCAUCAAAACCAAUUAAUUGUACUAUAAUGGAAGAUAAUUUUAAGUUAUAAAAGUGUAUAUGGACCUGGACCUAGUUCAGGGCUGAAUUUUCGUAUAAUGAUCUAAUUGAUCCAUAAAGCUUGUGACAAACCUAGGCUAGGUCUGUCCAUUUAUCCUACUUGAUGAUCCAUCAGAUAAGAUGUCGGUCGAGUCUUGGACUCGUGUUGGUAGGUGGGGUGGGACCAAUAGAAGACUAAGUGUUCUUGAGUGCAAACUUUGUAAACGAGUAUGAAGAGCAUGGUACCUUUUUAUGGGUGUGAAGUUUCAGUUUAAUCCCACAGAGUGCAUUCUUUUA